AUGACUACAAUUAUUCCUAUCAGUCAAAUUUUAAUAGCUUUACUUUUGUCAAUAAAUGUAGUUCUUGGUGAUGGCGCUACGAAAAGCGUAACAAACCUCGAUGAAAAAGGGAACUGCACUUGCGGCGGUUUCUCUACGGAUAAGAUAACGUCGGGUAACGAGCCACUGUUGUCCCAAGCACCCGGAUUAAUAGUAAAGUGUAAUCAGGAGGGAGAAGCGGCUUGCAAGAGCUUAUGCAUCGCACUUGCCAACGUCACGAAGGCCAAAGGGCCGGAGAUACUCUGUAAUAGACUCAAAGACGCUAAUGAACUGAAGUUAUCAGCAUUUUUCAAAGUGUGCGACAAUCCGUGGAUAUACGCAAACAUGACAGCGGAUGAACCACUUUGCUGUGACAACACCAAAGUCAAGCCUUGCGCUUCUACGCAGAAAGAAACCUCCACUGUUGUCGUGGAUGCUAAGACUGUUAUGUGA